GCUUUCCCUGAAAAACGCCGUGUCUCCGUGGCCGUGCCAUGGCGCUCUGCAGCGUGGUCCCAGAGCUGCACGGAGACGGCACACGGAGCACGGCGUCCUCCGCGUGGUCCGUGCCCAACGCUGCCGAGGAGCUGUGGCGUGCCCUGCACGCCCCGCUGCGGAUUCGCUGGGAGGUGCCCUUGGGUGGCAACUUCGUUGCUUCGGUGAGUGCCAAGAUUUGCCAGGAAUCCAGCUGGCCACCUAGCCAUGUGCAGUUGCAGCUGAACUGCAAGGAGAGCCCAUCGGCUUCUUGGAGGAAGGACGGCGAGUUCCAUCAGCAAGGAUUGGAGAUUCAGGUUCCCUCGAGCGUCUCCAGCCAGCAGCUGGCGGAGUUGCUCACGGCAUCAUGCGCUCUGGCAGGUUUCAAUGUAGAUGCGCCUGCUCCAUUGUCGCCUCAAGAGCUACAUGCACCCACAACGCCUCCGGACGUCAUUGACCAGUGCGAGGAGCGCAAGAUCUCCCAAUUGCAGUGCUUGACACAGUGGCACCACGACGUUUGCGGCCACCAUGCGCUCUUCAACCUGCGUUGCCUCCUGCGCAACGAACUGGAAUCUUUGACCGACGAACAACGCUUCUGGCGACAGGUCAUUGCAGAUAUUCAGCGCUUGGCAAAGUUUGGCGAAGUCAGUGGCAGUUGGCCGAAGAGUCGAGUGGUGGGUGGCGUGGCAGAUGAGGUGCAUUUGAGGCAUUUGGUGCAGCAGGACGACGAUUUGCGAGGUCAGAUUACUCUGGCAUCGUCCCUUGAAAGUUUGAAGGAGGCACUCCACUCAUUGCGCCUCCAAAGCGGCCAAGCUCAUGGAUUUCUCUUGGGAGCGGCCACGCAUUGGUACAGUGCAGCUGUGGUGCCCGCAGACGAUCCUCGGAUCUACUUCUUUGACUCCUACAACGUGCCGGUGCUGAGUCUGAAGACCAACGAGGACAUCGACCAAGUGGUGGAUGAGUUGUUGAUUGAAAGUCGAAGUCACAGCAUGGAACGGUUGAAACGCGAUCCGUCCUGGACUCAUCGUCCGAAAGAUCACAUCGAAGAAGCUCUGGAAAAAGGUGUUGAGGAGUGGUGGAAAGGCGUCCGAAAGGCUUCAAUGUUUUGGCUGCAUAAACCAUUGGAGGUGCGAAGGGAACUGAAACGUAUGGAUCUCUGCUUGGUGCGAGAUUUCCUGCAGCUUCUGCUGGGAUGGCUGAGAGAUCAAAUCGGAUCAUCACUGUGUCCGCCCUCUGAGGUACAAGCCGGUGAACAUUGAUUUUUAC